GCCCGCAAGCGUCGACCGGCAGCGCCCGGGGCUGCCUCCACUGCUGCCGCUUCCGAGCUCGCUAUGUACUUCUCCGAGCUUGAUCCACUAGAUCAGCUCAGUGCAGCCCGUCGUGAUGAGGUUCUGAGCCUUGUUUUAAACACCGCCAACGAUAAGAAGCAGCCAGAUGAGCCGGUACUCGGUGCGCUUCUUGCUGCACACGUGUGGAGCGCGCACGCGCUAGCCGCGUUGAGUGAACAGGGCCUGCCAUGCGAAAAUGUCGCAUCGGUGUUUGCGGGCACCGGUUCCGUAGUGGACGACUCGCCCAACACUUCCGCCAUCACCAGCCGACUUGCCCGGGCCCUCGUGCGGGCCGACCUGCUCAGCACCUACGCCCGCUUUCUCGCCAGCGUUGGGAAGACGACCAAAGCUGGCACCGGGGAGGGCGCCAGCGGCAGAGCUUCAUCCACCAGCGGCGGCAGUGGCAGCAGUGGGGCGGGCAGCAGCAGCGGCGGUGGAGCUACGCAAGGGGCGCCGCGCGCUGAGCUGUUCGACGUGCGGAGCGUGAUGACCAUCAUAUGGCUGCUGGGUAAAGUGAUCAACCUCGCCGCAUUGGAGUCUACGGCGCUGCAGGCCCUGAGCCACAAGGGGUCCAACAAGGGCAAACGCAAGCCAGGCAGCCAACCCCAGGCCUCCCAACCUCCACUCGCCGAGGAGUUUGUCGGGGCGCUGGUGCGCUCCCACGUGCUCGAGCACCUCGCGGCGGCUACCCUGCGCCUGGCCGCCGCCUGCCCGGUGUCUGAUCAGGCUCCCGUGGUGCCGGUGGCCGAGGCCGCGCCUGCCCCCGCCGCCGCUGGGGCUGCAGGAGUCGCGACGCCGGCGUCGGAGGCAGGUGCCUCGGACCCCAUGCGGGCGCCCAGCGUCCCCAAGGCCAGGCCUGCAGCACUGGCACAUGCCGAAUGGUCAGGGGUGACACGUGUUGUCGUGGGGGUAUGCGGGCUGAUGCAGGCAACCGUGUGCAUUGCAUCCUUCCGCGGGCAGCGUGACGCAGCCGGCACCGGUACCGGCACCAUCACCGGCGCCAGCACCACCAGCACCGGCACCGGCACAAGUACCGGCGGCGGCGCCGCUGGCACAAGUACCGGCAGCGGCGGCGCUGGCAAGCCUGCCACAGAUACCGGCGGCCCUCGCUCCCAUGAUAGCAGCUCGUGCGUGCUGUGCCAGGUCGGCCGCAUGCACCUGGGGCCUUGUGUGCAGUUCCUGCUCGCAUGGUCCUUGGGAUGCGCGCGCAUGGCGCUUGAGCACACAGCGCAGCCGCAGGCGUUCCCUGGCGGUGGCAUACCGCAGUCUGGAGCAGCUGUUGACAUGGCCCCGGCAGGCGCCGCUGCCAGCGCGGCAUCCGCCGCCGCCGCGGAUGGGGGCGCCGCUCUAGCGCAUGUCGCCGGCGGCGGGCAGCUCGUCGCAGCUCGACAGCUGCCGCGGCCGCUGCUGGUGCGGCCGCUGCUGAUGUUGGAAGAUCGGCAUCCACCGUACACGAACAGCGCCACCCAGCAGGCCGCGGCGAGCGUGCUCAAGUCAGCGGCGUGCGCGCUGCAGGGGACGGUGGCGGUGCGUGCGCACCAGAAGGGGCGGGCGUGGGAGCAAGGGCAGCAGCAGGGGCUGUUGCAGCCGUACCCGCCGGCUCGUGUGUACGACCUGGUUCAAGCCGCCCUGCCUGGAUCCCGUUGCGCCGCCGGCAUCCGCAGCAAGGCGCUUGUCCGCGCAUGGGAUUGUGCCGUGAACGUGCUGAUGCACAUGCUGCAGCGUGACCUGCCGCCGCGGCAGGCGGCGGCGCGGCUGCCGGGGCUGUGGCGGCUGCUCCUGCAGCAAACGGGACAGCGUCCGGCUUCCGAAGCAAUAGAGUUCCUUGUCGGGGGGGUGCAACUGGUUCUGGCAGGGCCCUCGGGGCCGGGCGUGGCAUCAGAUGCGGUAGCCGCAGCAGACAGUCCGGCUGAGCAGCUGCAGCAGCAGCAGCAGCAGCAGGAGGAGGCUGCAGGGCCCAGCUACAGCUUGCGCUGCGCGCUGGAUGCUGGGCUACUGCGGGCUCUGGAGAGCGCACUGCGGAACCCAACAGACUGGACGGCGGCCGCUGAGGACGGAAGCGACAGCGACAGUGAAGAUGGUGGCAGCAGCAGCAGCACUGGCUCCAGCUGGAGUGCGCCGGAAAGCGCCUGCAACCCGUCCCUUGCUCCCUCCUUGCUGGGUGGCACGCGCGCGUGGCCCGCCGUGCUGGCUUACGGCCGCGUCAGCGAAGCGGUAGGCCUGGUGGCAACGCUGGCUGCCGCAUGCAGGAGCGAGAUGAAACGCAAGUCAGAUAUUGUGGACAGUGGUUUGCCGCUCAGCAUUCGCCUAGCGGCGCUGCUGGAACAGGCGUGCGGUGCGCAGGAAGACGCGGCGUCAGCGCCGCAGCUAGAGCGGCCAAUGGCAGGAGCUGCAGGAGGGCGUGGCGACGGGCAAACGGGCGGGCGCGGCGUGGGGUGCAGCGGCGGCCGCAGCGGCCGCAAGGCCAGCUCCGGUGCCGCCGGCAGCACCAGCAGUGCGGCAAGCGAUGACGCCAGUCGGUCUCCGUGGUCUGCCUCGCUGCGGUUUGACGAGGCGGGUCCGCCGCUGACAUUUGCGGACCUGAAGGCGGCAGGUGGCGUGCCCCCAGCUGGCUCGGCAGCGGCGGCGCAGCAGGCACUGGUUGCCUCGUUCGCGCUGCAUCAGUGGCUGUCGCCGCUGAUGCAGUGCGCGGCCUACAUCUGCACUUUGCUGUCACGAGCCGAUCCCGCGACAGCGCCACAGAAGCUCAGCAACCUUAUGAUCGUGGCAACAGUGGUGCUGCGCCUCUUCACCCGGGCAGCCACACGCGCUGCGGGAGGCAGGGUCGCGGCGCCCAAGAAUCAAAGCGCUGGCGCCGGCGCCUCGCCGAGCAACACCACCAAGGCUGGCGCCAGCACGUCGCCUGGACCCGCUGCUCCGGCGGCCGCCACGGCGGCAGCCGCUGACACGACACGGGAUAUGGAGAGCGGGUGGGCGGGUAUGCUGGAGCCCUGCUUUGAGCUGCUGAAACAGACGUUUGCCGCGCUGGGGCGGGGAGGCCUGUCGACCGUGCCCGAGGGCCGGGAGCUGGAGGAGGCCGUCCUGGAUGCGCUACAAGCCGGUGCAGUCGUGGACCCCGACUUUGCACAUGAGGUGCUUUCUGCCAUCCAUAUGCAGUUUGCGCGGCCGACGGGAGGCCGGCGCAACGCGAGGCCGUCGCCCAAGGUCCAGCUGCUUUCAUCCAUCGUGCUGGCGGCCGCGAAGCGGCGCGGCCGCCGCGCGCUCCUGGCCUUCCUGGUAGAUGCGGUCACAGCUAUUGACGACCUGCCAUUGGACAGCAUUGAUUACCUGGGCCAGGAGCAGGCGGCGUGGCCGCGCGCGCUCUUGGCGCGGCAUGAGCGCGCGGGUGCAGAGGUGAUGGCUGCGUCCGUGCGGCUGGGGCGAGCGCUGGCGCAGGAGCCCGACUCGCGGAGCGCCCGCGCGCACUGGCUCCUGUCACCGGCGGAGGUGGAGGCGCAGCUGCGGGAGGCUGGCAUCGGGAUGGGCGGCAGCGGCAUGUCGGGCAGCAGUGCCAGCAGUGCCAGCAGCGGCAGCAGUGCCAGUGCGGCUCUGGCUGGGUGCCCUCUGGUGCUGUGCGGCAACCCGGACUGCAGCGACCUCAACGCCCCCAGUGCGUUCAUCGAGGCCGGCAGCGGUGAGACGUGCGGGCGGUGCAGGCGCGUGCGGUACUGCGGUGUCGCGUGCCAGGUGCAGCACUGGACCGAGGGCGGGCAUGAGAAGUCGUGUGUGGGGAUGGUGGCGGCUGCAGCAGGGGCGGGGGCGGGAGGUGGAGCGGGAGCGGGAGCGGGAGCGGGAGCGGGAGCGGGAGCGGGAGCGGGAGCGGGAGCGGGAGCGGGAGCGGGGGCGGGAGCGGGAGCGGGGGCGCGGGCGAGGGCAGCUGCAGACCAGGCAACCGCCGCGACAUGAAAGGACGAUAGUUACGAAAUGCAGAGACAUGGUGCACCACCUGUAUCUCACUUGGGUUUUCUAGAACAAUGUAGGUUGAAUGCAUGUGAAGGACUGGUAUAUGUGCAGCACGCUGAAGGCGGUUUUGAGAGCGACGUGGAUGGCGCUGGAGACACUAGCAUAGCAGUUGUGCAUGCAGCUAUGCCCUACAAUAUUGUUGUGGGCCUGGCUAAAAGAUCUGGGGCGGUUCGUGCGUGGCGGCCGGCAUUAUGACUAUGCGUCACUGGGGCGUCCGCUCUGUACCGAGGCGGGAGGAACAAUGCAACGGACGUGCUAUCAGUCAACUGCAUUUGUUGGGAUCAUACCUGAGAGUGUUCGCAUGGGCCAGGUCAUAAGUAGCAGUGUGAUGUCAUGAGCCUGCACGGAACGUUUGAUGGAUCUGGCCACGGGGACAGCGUCGUGGCGAACAGUGCAGGCAGCAGUUACUCGUGCAUACAGACGGCGUUGCAGGGACGUGCCUGUGUCGUGGAUGGUUUGAGCUCGGGCAGGUUGGUCAACACGGUGCAGGCCAGGGGUUUCAGCAGAGGCCAAUUCAGGUGCGUUGGUGGUUGCAUGGUCGCGUGUUAGUCAAACGUAUGGGUACGGUAGUGUUUUUUUAGUAUUUUGUCAAGGGAAUGCAGCAUGCAUGAAGCGAGUCUGCUGCGACGCAGUCCGCCAAGAGAAGGCGGUGCUGAGGAGGGCUAUCAUUCUCGGAAGCACGGGGCCUUGUGUACUGGUAACUGGAUAGCUGCAGUCUUUGGAUAAGUGAUAAC